CUUAUCCCCAUUAUACCGGGGCUCCUGCAGGCAGACUGUGUACGCGGGAACUCGGGGAGUAUAAUAAGGCUGUGUGCGGGUGCCGGGCACUGAGAGAAACAGCAAGAAGUCCGUAACGCGCUCCCGGUAACUGUGCCCCAGAUUCCCUGUCCUCUCUCCCGGAUCCCUGACUAACUGCCGACGGAGAAUAGCUUUGGCUCUGCAUGUGCAUGUCAAAUGUCACCAGCGGUACCCAUUGUAGGAGCUUUUCCAGGUCUAGCAAUCUGAAAGCUUUUGAGAGAAGACUUACUGAAUAUGUAUCGUGUUUACAGCCCGCUACUGGACGCUGGAGAAUGAUUCUCAUUGUAGUAUCUGUUUGUACCACAACUGGUGCAUGGAACUGGCUAAUAGACCCAGACACACAGAAGGUAUCUUUCUUCACAUCUUUGUGGAAUCACCCGUUCUUUACCAUUAGCUGCAUAACGCUAAUAGGUCUGUUUUUUGCUGGUAUACACAAAAGAGUGGUGGCCCCAUCAAUAAUAGCAGCACGAUGUCGAACAGUACUGGCGGAAUACAACAUGUCAUGUGAUGAUACGGGCAAAUUAAUUCUGAAGCCAAGGCCGUACGUCCAAUGAUGUUUUCUAUCCUCUCAUCACUUAUGUCCAUAAAGGUUUCUAUUUAAAUUAAUCUUGAACAGUGUUUUAAAGUUUUGCUUUGAAGAUGUCUUACCGAAGGCAAACAGAUGUAUCAUCUAGAUCCUCUUCCUCAGAAGUGAACUGAAACUGAAUUUCUGCGCUGGCAUAUUUUGCCUAGAGGACAAAAACAGUUUUUUCAAGUACUUUAAGACCGCAAUAACAGACUGAUGAAACAAUUUCUCUUAGAAGUGCUGCCCUAUUAAACAGUACUCACGCCAUCCUUUUUCCCUGGGUCGUGUGAUGGCAAGAGGUAUUGUCCAUGUUGUACCAUGAGAGGUAUGUGUGAAAGAACUAUUGGCGGGUGCAGCCCCUGGAGUGUGCUAAAAGCAUUCAUCCUUUCUACCUUUUUCAAUUUGCUGUUUUUGUCAUUUGGGUUUUUUUCUUUUUUGGUGGGGGGGGGAAUUGUGUUGGGGUGUGUUUUUUUUUUUUUUUUUUUUGCGUUUCAUAUUUAUUUAUUUUUUGUGCGAGAUAGGUGUGAAAUAUCGGUUGUCCGUUAUACACCAUGGACUGGUUUUGUACUAUCCACUCAGGAUGCCCUCUAGCCUGUCCAGAUGUCUGCAUUGGAUGGUACAUUUAUUUGACAGGCAAACUGUUGUCUCACUGGUUACACAAUGAAAUCGUUAAUCAGCAUUCUCUUUUGUAUUAUAUAGUUAUUUCUAAUAAGAAAGUUGGUCUCAAGUGUGACUAUAUAUAACUUUGUUUCCUCUGUUCUCCUGAAUAUUCCUCUUUCAGUCAGUACUUCUGUUCCCUCUGCUGUGGUUCUGUCUCACCACUGUGCCAGCAGGGAGUGCACUGAAUAUUCUGCCAGCAGUGCAUUAAAUAUUUUAAAUGUGUAGUUCA